GAGAAAUGUAAAUAUUUGCUAUAAAAUGCCUUCGCUAAACUCAUUUUAUUACAUUUAUUUUUUGGUUUUUAUCUGGUCUUCAUUUUUUUAUACCUAAUAAAUUUGGACAUUAUAAUGAAUGGAUUUAAAGUUGUAAUAUUCAUUUCAUUUAGCGUUUGCUUUGCAUACGCCGAUGUAGUUGGUUUUGCUUAUGGUGUGAGUGACGGAAAAACUGGUGAUCUUAAGGAUCAGCAAGAAACUAGAGAUGGCGACACUGUUUCUGGAUAUUACCGUGUGAAUGAUCCUGAUGGUUUUGUGCGUACAGUCUAUUACAAAGCAGACCCUGUCAAUGGAUUUAGUGCUGAUGUAAAACGCGAAAAGUCAUCAAAGAGUGCUCUUCCAUCAAUCCCAAAACCUGAUCUCCCGACAAUGGAAUCUACUCCAGUUUUUCAACCGACUGAACCAACAAUGAAAUUAACAAAUUACAACGACGCUCACCAAUUCAAUGCAUGGCAACAGCAACCAAUUGUACCAUCAUGGGCUCAAACCGAUUUCUACCGACAACACAAAUUGCCAUUUAAAAAUACUCCUACUAAUUAUAACGCUUUGCCUGACUCAAAUGUUAAUCAACAGAGUUCUCCAUCAACUUUUUAUUCUUCUUUAUACUGAUAAUUUUGAAAUAUCGAAAUUUCUAUGAGAAGAGAUUGUUCUGUAUGUGUUAAAUUUGUUAGAGUUAUUGUUGAACAACUACUUAGCCAACAAAAUGUUAUUUUUGUUUAACAUAUUAUAAGUUUAAAAUAAAGGAGUUAUGGCCAUUCAA